CCCCCGUGCACACGCCUUGCGUCGCCUCCCCGCGCCUGUCCCUGCCUCGGCCUGCCCCCGGGCGCUGCGCUGCGCCGCGCCGCCCGCUGCUCCUGGAGGCUGCUCCGGAUCAUCAUGGCGCCGCUUCUGCUCUUGCUGGCGGUCGCGCUCCUGCUGUUGUAUCUGGGCUUCGUGCGGCGCAGCACCGGGUCCCCCCGCACCGCCUUCCGCCGCCGAGAGCCGGGCCGGGCCGGGGACAGCGAUCCCCCGCCCCCGCGGGACGCAUGGGGUCCCCCGCUGUCCGGCUUCCCGCUGCGCCUCUUUGUCCAUGUGGCUAACACGGCUUUCGGGCAGUUUUGUGUAAUGCCGCUUUUACUGAGGAUGAAUAACUUCACUCUCAUGCACUAUCUUGAUAUCCAUGAAGACCCCACGUUUAUUCCAGAGGUUGCUGCUGAGGGAAGAAAGGAAAAGCCUGAGACUAAAAACACAUUGGAGGUUCUCAAGCAGUUGAUGGAGACCAGGUCUCAUCGUGCCAACACUGGGUUCAGUUUCAAAGGGAUCCAGGACUAUCUGAACUGCUACCGGACUGGGGAGUUGACACCCUUCCAGGUUGCUAAGAAUAUUAUCUCCUCGCUGGAGGACUGUGAGAAAUCCAACCCCCCCCUCCGAGCAAUCGUGCAGUGGGACCGGGCGCAGAUACAGAAGAUGGCUGAAGCCUCCACUACUCGUUACAGGAAUAAAUGCCCCCUUUCUCUUCUGGAUGGAAUCCCAGUCUGCUUGAAAGAAGAGAUUAAAGUUGUGCCUUAUCACUUCCGAGCGGGAACAGCAUACCUUGGGACAGAGCCAGAGACUGAAGAUGCUACAGUGACUAGGAAGCUGCGGGAGGCUGGAGCAAUCAUUAUCGGGGUCUCAAACAUGCAUGAACUAGGGACUGGAACCACUGGCUGUAACCCCAACAGAUUCCAUGGCACCGCUAGGAACCCAUACAACCCCCAGCAUUUCACUGGUGGCAGCUCCAGUGGAUCGGCCGCUGCUGUGGCGGCAGGUCUUUGCCCAUUGGCUCUUGGCACUGACGGAGGCGGCUCUGUGAGAAUUCCUGCUUCUUUCUGUGGCGUCGUGGGGCUGAAAGGUACAUUUGGGCUCAUCAGUGGUCACGGCUGCCUUCCACUCUCCUACUCCACCGCCAGCCUUGGCCCCAUUUGUACAUCAGUGACAGAUGCAGCCAUUGCAUACAGCAUCCUAGCUGAGCCAGAUCCACUGUACCCAUAUGGACUACAGCAGCCAAAACCAUCCCUAUCUGAAAUCCUCACUCCUGACCUCAAGGGCUUAAAAUUGGGAGUGAACUGGACUUUUUUUAAGACUUGUGAUGCAGAAAUUUUGGCAGUCUGCCAAAAAGCUGUAGAGCACCUGCAGGCUUUAGGUGCCUCUGUGGUGGACGUGCCCCUGCCGGAGAUGGAGGAGGUGCGGGUGGCGCAUGUGAUCUGCAUUCUCAGCGAGAUGAGGGAUUUCCUGCAGCCUGACUUCAACACCCACUUCCAGCAAAUGAAUCUGGAGACGCGGCUCAACCUUGCUCUGGCUUCCCAGUUCACAGCUCUGGAUUAUAUUAAGGCAAAUCGGCAGAGGACUCGGAGCAUGAGCUUUUUGCGAGAGAUCUUCGCCAACGUGAACUGUAUCCUCACCCCAGCCACCGCUUGCACUGCCCCAAGAAUCCAGGACUCUGACCUCUUGACGGGGAACAACGACAUUCUAACAACACUUCAGAGCAUGAGAUACAUGCAGCUUGGAAACUUCACAGGUAUCCCGGGUCUGGUGGUGCCAGUCGGGUACACUGCUACUGGGCUUCCCAUCAGCUUUCAGGUCAUGGCAAAGUGGUGGGACGAGGCGGUUCUUUUCCGGGUUGGCCUGAAGCUGGAGGAGUUCCGUGACACGACCAGGAAGCCAGCCAUUUAUUACGACAUCCUCGCAUGACGGGAGUCCCAGAAAGGAGAUGCUGUGAUUUGUUCUGGUCUGAUCCGUCUGAGCGUUACUGGGGAAAGGAGUUACUGCUUUUAACAUUGAUCUCAACGAGGGGUGGUGGCAGCAGCAGGACCGUUUACAUAUUGGAAUAGUAGAGUUUGUUCUAGGAUGAUAUUUGUUCCCAUCCAGGGUCAAUGCUACCCUCAGGUGCAGGGGCUGUAAGAGGAUACCACUCUACGUAUGGAUGUGGGGGCUAAUGGAUGGGUGCAGAAACACAUUUAUUUUUGUAGUUAGGUUCGGUUCAAGGUGUUACAUGGAUAUGACCAAACAGGAAUGCUCGCAGGACGACCUCCUCUACGUGGGCUGCACUAGUAAAAAUCAGCUAUGGGUGUACAGCUCCCCUAGCCUUCCAUGGGAGGUGGGAGAACAUCCCUGGCCAAUGCAGCCUUGAGUAAAUCCUUUUGCCCUAGUUACACUAUAGAAAAGGGGAAUGAAACACUGCACUUUCCUGGGUGUUGUGUUUUCUGUUUUGUUGGGGCAGGGCCGAUCUUUCGGUAGGGGAGGCAGCAUCCCUGCUGCAGCAGGAGAGUUUUUCCACUCAGGAUAAUUUAAACAAUUUGACUGCUCCUGGAGCCAAGUAGGUGGUGCAUAUAAAAUGUCGUUAUAGGACCAGUCUCUCUUGCAGUGUGUGAUAUAAUAGAGAAACUAAACUAAACUCUGCAGGAACAUAGGAAAAUUAAGUCUUUUUUUUAAAGUUGCUUUUAGAUUUCUCCUGCUUCCCCAUCUCUGCUGGCAGCAUAACUUGACAUUUAUUGUUAGUGUGGGUUUUCCCUGUGAAAUGUUAUGAACUGAGCCCUUCUUAGAACCUGAGGGUGGGAUGCACAGAACUGCAGAACAGCAGUAGAUAAGGGCUAGGUCGUUAUAUCCCUUCUCUUAUGACCUAACAGCCAGCACCUCCUGCUAACACAUUUGCUAGAGGAGCUGUCUAAGCACUGAAAGGGGAACUAAACUGUGGACUAAGGAGAGGGCAGCUGUCCCUGUCGAGGAGGGAUUUUUACUGAUCCACCCUCUCAUACGUCUAAAAAGCACACAAAGUGAACCCUGUUUACCACAGCCAGUCACUGUUCUUGUUUCCAUGAAGGAGCUAGUCCCUAAGGCCAGGCCCAGCUAAAGAUCACAGCCUAUAGGAAAACCUCCUGCCUUUAAGCUCUCAUAGGCACAUACCUCUAUCCCUGGGGAUUGCUUGAGGCUUCUGCCUGCCCUUUCCUGCACUUGUGCAUUCAGCUUAGUCACUUUAUCAGAGCAAGAAAAGGCCUAGCGCUAAACCUGAGUAGGUGAUGGGGCUUCCAGGUGAGAGACUAAAGAGAUGAGGCUCCUUACGUAUCCUGUUCAGUAACACACCUGACACAGAUGCACUUAACAGGGAAACUCCUGGAUUCAUUCAAUAUAUUCUUCCUGCUACACCCUCACUUCCAGAAGGUUUUAAAUAUAAAGUUGUUGCAGAAACUGCUGCUGUGCCAGGGUAGGACAAGAGCCACGCCCCCAUUUCCCUGAUUAGGAAAGGUGGAGCUUUCACUGCAGGAAAAAAAGGGAAGGGUUUUUUUUUUGUUUUUUUAAACCCCUCUCAAUCCAUUUUCUAAAUGGAUCUGACCUUACCCUGAGGAUUAAGACUGCUGGUUUCAUGACAUUCAAAUGGAAAAGCACCACACUGGACCCUACUGUCUCAUCUACCUUCAGUUCCUGCUGGGAAACAUCAGCAGCCACUGCUAAUUGCUAGCAUCAUUGGCAGUUAGAGAUAGUGAAACUGUUGGGUCUCUCUGAAUGUUUUUCAGUUCCUCUUUGCUUAGCUAGGUUGUUACAGUAAUGAGAACUAGGCUCUGGUAUCUUCCUCAGAAGAGCAACUGCCAUAUCACUGAUAAACAAAUACUUUUCCAACUGUAACCUUAAUUCUAGUUUGGUACAUUUCUGUGGAGGGGCUACAAGUGUAUGUGUAUUGCCUAAAGGCACUGGAAGACUUUACCAGAAUGUCCUGCAUUGGGAUGGUUAUGGAUGAUGUAUUUUCACUCAAAUAAACAAGUUCUCUCUUUC